AUGGCUGACGGCGAUAAUGUACACGAGGCUUUGAACAACACCUUAGUUUCAGAAAAUGUUCCUACAAAAGAAAAUGACUGUGGAGAAAAGGAAGCGCCCUUCUUCGAGUACUCGCCUCUCAACAUUGAUACACAGGAGAUGCGAUUCCUGAUCCUUAAACCUCAUCACGGAAACACGAAAAGUCCCCUUGAUUGCUCAAUUUCGUCCGAACAACUCUCAAAAUGCAAACCUUACACAUACGUUAUCAAUACACGAGGUAAUCCUCUUUCAACAUUGGGACUUUUCAUCGAUGGCCACGCGAAACCCGUCACUAGGAAUAUUGUCAUUUUUCUCGACCAUAUUCAGUCAAAAAAUGAUGCCGAGCGACUAUGGUUCAGGGACGUUUGCUUGAAUCAUCAAGAUCCGGAAGAAAAAGAUCGAUACUGGAAUCAAGAAUGGAUGGACACGAUGAUCCAGCACGCAGAGAAAGUCAUCGAUCUUAGUGAAGUGAUAGCUGGGCUUUGGGACAAAGGGGAACUCCCAAGACCAUUUCCUCCAAAACCAAAAGACUGGAACAGAACAAGGGAGCCCAAGGGAACAAACCAUCAUCCUGUACCACUUCACAUGCAAAAAGGCUGGGUUGAACCUCCUCCACCUCAUGAGUAUCUGCCUUUAGACUACGUUUGUGAUGAAUUCCGUCUCGUUACACUGUGGAAAGCAGACAACUAUAACGAUCCGCUGAGAGCUUCAUUAGCAUACUCAGUGAUGCACAGCAAUGUUACCUACCAUUGCUUGUCAUAUAAUUGGGGUCCUGGCGACGAGAAACCAACCUGUACGAUCCUUCUUAAUGGGCAGACGUUCAUGAUCCGUGAGAAUCUAGAUAGGGCUCUCCGAGAAAUCCGGGACAACGUAUACAUGGUUGUUAUCUGGAUUGAUGCAAUCUGUAUUGAUCAAAACAAUGUCUCUGAGCGAAAUCGACAAAUUCCUAGAAUGCUUGAGAUAUACGAUGCAGCCGAAGCUGUUAUUAGCUGGGCUGGUGAAGGUGACGAGGCAAGUGACACAGCCAUCGACUUCCUAAGCGAACUUCAGAGGCCAGUCUUGCAUCUCAAUAAAGAUGGAAGUUGGGGCCCAUAUACAGUUAAAGAAGGCGACGAAUGGAAAAUCACCCCAAUCCCUGAUCUCCCACGCCGACUUGCUGCUCUUUAUUGCUUCUUUUCAAGGCCAUAUUUCCGGCGAAUCUGGGUGGUCCAAGAGCUCGCCGUCGCCAACUUGCCAUCUCUAUACUGUGGCAAGAAAAGAGCAGCUUGGAGGCAAUUGGAUAUGGCCGCUUACCACCUGAUAGCUAUUCUAAAUGGUGACAGAACUAUGCCAGCUAAAAUGAUGGCCGUAAAUCCCACAUUAAACUCGAUUUCUAUCGAGGAAAUCUCUUUCAUUCGACGGAUGUUCUAUUUUCGACACCUCCGUUCCAAGAAUGCUGAUUCUAUCUGGGGUCAAACGACUCAAAACGGUGUUAAAGACACUUCACCUGAGAUUCUCGACGCUGCGGUUCUGUGUCGCGACUUCCAAAGCACUUCCCCGUAUGACAAAGUUUUCUCCCUUUUAAAUCUGGCAGAGGACUUCCAAGCAACGGACUUCAUCCCUGAUUAUUCGAAGGGUCUUCCUCAAGCUUAUCAUGAGUUCGUAGUCGCGGUAGCUUGCAAGACAAAAAGUCUAGAUAUUAUCUGCGCAGCUGAGCCUGUGAAAUAUUCUAAGUUGGACAUGCCAUCUUGGUGUCCAGAUUGGACCACUCCAACCACGGUCAGCAGCCUCAUUCGGCAUGACCGCAUUCCCGACAUCUUCAUGUCGGCAGUCACAGAUAUGUCCGGACCGAUCUACAAUACUUGCACUUCAUCCGCAUCAAGCCCACAUUUCAACUUUAAAGGGCCAGUCCUCGAGGUAACUGGCAUCAUUCUCGAUACCAUCAAAAUCGUCCAACAAAGCAGCGAGGACAAUUUCAUGAAAUGGAUGACCACAGCAGCUAAUGAAUGCCAAACAGAGGAAGAGAAGGACUUGCCGGCCACAGAAACCCCUUUCAUGACCAAGUUCUGGUCCAUGCUAGCAGGCGACUCGACAGGUGUGUGGUCCGUUGAAACCACCCUACGAGAAACAUGGCCACCGGGAACUGAGGAGGCGGGAGGAAACCUUCCUUUCCGGCCUAUCUGCAUUAAAGAAGACAUCACCAAACAUCGCUUGCAGCACACCUCAACAGGAGUCUUCGACAUUGUAACGAGAGGACGUGCUCUGAUUAUCACGGAGAACGGACUUAUGGGUCUGGCACCAUAUUAUGCUAAAGAAGGACAGAAAUUAGCGAUUCUGAAUACAUGCAGCGUCCCGGUUUUACUUGAGGAGAAUCAGGAUAGGACGUAUGGGUUUAAGGGCAGUGUUUUUGUGCAGGGGUGGAUGCAGGGUGAGAUUCUCGAGGAGAUGGGGUUAGAUAGCGAGGAAGGCUGGCAGGUGCUUGACGAAUGCGGGCGACUGAGAAUUAUUUAG